AUGCUCAUUGCUGGAAGGGCUGUCCAGGGCCUUGGUGGAGGAGGUCUAUUUGUUAUGGUCGACAUUAUCGUGGCGGAUCUCGUUCCUCUCCGUGAGAGGCAGAAAUACAUGUCGAUGAUAAUGGGAACUUUCGCGCUGGGCACAUUCAUUGGACCCAUAAUCGGAGGCGCGAUUGCUUCGAAAAUCUCUUGGCGAUGGGUGUUUUACAUUAAUCUACCCAUUGCUGGGGUGGCAUUUGUGCUGGUUAUACUCUUUCUACGCGUACACUAUAGACGAGAGGGUACUCUUUGGUCGCGUCUAGCAAGAGUCGAUUUAUUGGGAAACAUGCUUUUGAUGGCCUCCGUGACGGCUGUUCUGAUCGGCCUAACCUGGGGUGGCACAUUAUACAGUUGGAAGUCAUGGCACGUCCUAUUGCCACUUUUAAUCGGUAUCUUAGGCUUGGUGGCAUUCUUGUUUCACCAGAAGUUUUUUGCAGCAGAUCCCACGAUGCCACUUCGCGUGUACAGCAACAAUACAUCGCUCUUGUCUUUUAUCCUCACUUUCCUACACGGUAUUGAGAUGAGCUGGCUGAGCUUCUUUCUUCCUAUAUACUUUCAGGUUCUUCUCGGAGCUAGCCCUAUCAGGUCUGGUGUUGACCUCCUCGCGAUUGUCAUUCCCUUGAUGCCUGCCGGCAUUGUUGGCGGAUUUAUCGUCGCACAGACUGGUCAUUAUAAACCUACCAUGAUUGCCGGCUACGCUCUCCUAGCUAUUGGCGCAGGCUGCUUGACUCUGCUAGACGCGUCUUCAUCCACCGCGAAAUGGGUCAUCUUUCAGAUAAUCGCGGGUGUUGGAGGCGGUCUCGCUUUGACCGCGACACUUCCAGCCGUUCAAGCUCCGUUGGCGGAAGCUGAUGUUGCAGUAGCCACCGCCUCCUGGGGCUUUGUUCGAAGCUUUGGCUCGAUAUGGGGUGCAGCAAUCCCUGCCGCCGUCUUUAAUUCGAGAAUUGACAAUCUCCUGACUAGCAUCAGUGACCCAGCUAUCCGCGCAAUUCUGAAAAGUGGAGGUGCCUACGAGCAUGCUACCGCCGAUUUCAUUUCUACAUUGAAUGUUCAACCUGCGGUAAAGCAAGAGCUUAUCGAUAUCUAUACCAAAGGCCUCAAAGAGGUCUGGCAGGUUCUCAUCGCCUUCGCUGUAAUAGCUGUUCCCCUCGCUGUUGUCCUUAAGGAAGUGCCUCUACGUACCGAACUUGUUACUGAGUUCGGAUUGAAGGGAGAUGAAAAGGAAGAGAUGAAGUUAGCACAGGUGAGUGGACGUGAGGCUGUGAAUGAGAAUGGUCUUCGUUCCAUAAACUCUCAGUCAUCACGCUGA